AUGGCGACGGGGCUUAGGGAGGGCAGAGUGAGGGACGGAGCGAGGGCUCCAGUCCCGGCCUCCCUAGUGCGCAGUCGCCGCGGUCCUACUGCAGAAGCGGGGCGGAGCCCCGAGGCCACCGCGGCAGUCCAGCUCUGCUGUCAGGCACACUGCGGCGCCUGCGGCUGCUCCGGGCCGCUGCCAGCCGUCAGAAGGACGGGCGGACAAUGGGCACCACUACUGUGCUCCUGGGAACUCCAUGCCCUGGCCAGUGUGCAGAGUCCAAGUUCUGGAAGACCAACAUCUGCAGGUGAACAGUUGGUGAUGUCCUCCAGGCCUGGGGACACCCUUGGAGAACCGGUGGAAAGGCCACAUCUGCAGUGCAGAUGGCAGAAGAUCACAGAGACUCAGAUGCCCUUCCUGCAGGACAAGCCCAGCCUUGAAGAUUUCCCUGCCUAUGGCUGGCUCUUCCUCAACAAGGCAGACAGGGCCCUCCCCAGACUGGAGGGUGCCCAAGGCCCCUUGGUGGUGCCUACCAUGGACUGCUCUGCAGCUGCCCCCUUGACCUCUUAGCUGACCCAGAAGUGGGGAGCCAGCCCUCACCAUGUGGAACAGACCACCCUGAGGGAGCUGAGGCUGAAGGCCACCCUCCCUGCCCACCCCUAUCCAGCCCAACAAUGACACAGACCUCCCAGACUCCAGUCAGAAGAA